AUGGUCGUACGAGCAUCGACGCAGUCGUCUUUUAAUUUCAACCAAAUAAAAACCAAGACUGUCGAGAAUCUCAUAUUCCAAUUGAUUAAUGAUGUGACAAACAUCACAGAAACCUUCCCUUUACAACCUGGACAAACCGCAGAAAGCCUAGUAGUGGCCGUCGAGCGUAGUGUUCAACAGUUUCUUGAACACGGUGAUGCUGCCAUUCGGUCUUGUCCAUUAGCACAUGGAUCCGCUCUUGAAACGUUAACCGAUGCCUUGGUGGAUGUGCGGGAUACCGGACAAUCUAUGUCGUAUGCUGGACGCGAUUUUAUUCGAGAUAGCUCAUCCUCGCAAAGACGCGCCUCUGCGAUCACUGCAGGAAAGGCAUUGCUACAAGCCGUCGCUCACUUCCUUAUUCUCGCCGAUUCGAUAGAUGUUGCGCUGAUCAUUGAAGGAGUGGACAAGAUACGCACACUUCUCGAUGGUGUAAGAGCUGCGACGUCAAACCAAGAAGUAAUUGAUCGAUACCAACUUUUGAUCGCAGAGAUUGAGGAGGUGGAGGAGACCGUGAAAAGACGUAUUGUUGAUCUACGGGAUCCUAACCAAAAGGACGACCUUUUAGGCCUGCAAAGGACACCUGAAGACCUUAUGCCCUUUAAUUUCGCCACAUCGAAGGCCUUUGUGCGCCAUCCUGAAAGUGACGAAGCUAGAAUAAUCGAUUAUGCUGCAAAGUGGAAAGCCGUAUCGACAUUGAAUGCUAUUGAUGCUAUCCUGAGGGGUGAGCAACCGGACAUGUCAUUUACAUCGCAGGGGCGGUUAGGGCAACUAAUUACUGAGCUCGAUCAGUUCCAGAACAGUUUACCUGCCCGCACUUAUAAGGCCCCUCGCACUCGCCGAUCGGAAGUACUCGGGCUGAUCGGAAACAGAAGAUUGUGA